AUGUCUUCUUCUACCCGCCCAAAGCCGUCCCGCAAAAGUUCGGGAAACCAUCGCAGUACACUAUCACUACAGAAGACGAACAUCACCAUAAACGUCUACGACCUCCUUCCCCCCGGCAAAGUUGCGACAGUAUUAUGGACAAUCGGCAGCUCUCUCCUACACACUGGUGUUGUUAUUGGCGACAAAGAAUACGCAUAUGGUGGCCAUGACCGGCGGGACCUGACUGGCGUGUAUUGGACAAAGCCAGGACAGGAGCCGGUAGGCGGAACCUUCAGGCAAGCAGUACUACACGGCUUCGCAUUUCGGUCGCCGGAAGAGAUGGAGGAGAUUAUACAAGAGGCCUCUAAACAAUUCCAAGGAACCUCAUACAAUCUGCUCACUAAGAACUGCAACCACUUCACUUCCUACCUCUGCGAGAAACUCACCGGCCACGCCGCUCCGGCCUGGAUAAAUCGCGCUGCUAGUAUAGGCGUAGCUCUCCCAUGCGUUGUGCCACGGGAAUGGAUUGAUCCACCGGAUUAUGAUACUGCGGAUGGAGAGCUCCUUGACGAGGACUUCGAAGACGAAAGAGCGUCUAUGCUACAGCACGAUCGGCAAAGACGUCAGCGUGCAGCUGCAGACGAGGCAGAUUGGGAAGACGCGAGCUCUUCUGGUGGCAGUGGUCGAGGUGAGCAAGGAGGCGCAAGAGGGAAUCCUCGGUAUACGUCCAAACCUAAUGUACCCCGGUUGGUCGACGUCAAAGAAACCGACAGCAGUGGUAGGACGCUGCCGACAGCGGAGAGAGCGCCAUUGCCAAAGAAUCUGAAAUGA